UAUUCCGUCUGAAAAAGAGAAAUCGGAACGUAACAUUUUCAUGAAUGAUAUGUUUACUAGUUGAAAUUUUAUAAACAGCAAUCGGUCGCUGUGAAGGUGCCAGAAUUUAAAAAUUAAAUGUAGCAUUUAUAUUAUAUAAUUUCAUUUGGAUAAACUGCACAGUUAAUGCAGUGCAUAUAUAUUUCUUUUGCUCUUGUUUUACAAAUAGUAUGUUAGAAUUCAUAUUCUUCACUGAAUAGUACUCGGUUUGUAUAAAAUGUGAAGAAUGAGGCACAAAGUCAUAUGGCUUUGUGUAUGUUGCCUUUGAUUUAAUUUGGAAUAUUUAUCUAUUGAUUAUCUGGAUAUCAUAGAAAAAUGAGUUGGGGAAUCGAGUUAUGGGAUCAGUUUGAUCAAGUAUCUACUCAUACUUUGAAAGGCGUCGAGAAUCUUGAAAGAUUCAACCAAUUUAUUAAAGAUUUUAGUGCCAUUCAAAAUGAACAUGCAACUAAAUUAAAGAAGCUUACAAAAAAUUACAGUUAUAAAAAGAAAGGAGAAGAUGAUUUACAGUUUUCCACAUGUAGAGCUUUUCAUUCUAUGCUGAAUGAAAUCAAGGACAUAGCAGGGCAACAUGAACUAAUAGCAGAAAAUUUAUCAAAUCAUGUCGUUCAAGACAUAAAUAUGUUGGUAAAACAAUUCAGAGAAGAGAGGAAAACUCAUUUACAAGAAGGUCUUAAAUUGCAAGCAAACAUACAAGCUUCACUAGUUCAACUAGAAAAGGCCAAAAAAACAUAUGAAAAAUCUUUUAAAGAAUCUGAAAAAGCAUGUGACAAUUAUCAGAAAGCUUUAGAUGACCUUCAUCUGUCUAGAAUAGAGUUAGAGAAAGCUAGACUGAAUAGUAUAGCAAAACAGCAGGCUUGUGAAGACUGCAAGACUGAUUAUUCUAAUCAAUUACAAAAGACAAAUGAAGCACAAAGACAACAUUAUAAUGAAUUAAUGCCAAAAGUAUUCCAGGACCUGCAAGAAAUGGAUGAGAAAAGGAUAAUAUCAGUACAAGCUAUCUUCAAACAAACAACAGAGGCACAUAGGCAGGUGUUACCCUUCAUUAACAAAUGUCUUGAUGAAAUAGACAGAGCUGCUGAUUCAAUAGACCCUAAGGGAGACUCUGAUGUGGUUGUUGGCAAAUUAAAAUCUGGUUACCAGCCUCCAGGUGAUAUCCCUUUUGAAGAACUGAUUCCUACCAAAGUAAACAAUGAAAGUGCAAUUUCUCCACCACUACUAACAGGGAAGAGUGAAACACUUAAAGGUACAGUUUCAACUCAAAAGUCGAAAAAGAGAGGUGGAUUGUUUUCAAUUUUCAGUGCCAAUAAGAAUAAUAAUGAUGAAUUAAAGGAUGAUUAUAGUGACUUACCACCUAAUCAGAGAAAGAAAAAAUUGAAUCAAAAAAUAGAUACCUUAUCAACACAGAUAGCCCAAGAAACAGCUGCAAAAGAUGGUCUGUUAAAGAUGAAAGCUGCCUAUGAGCAGAAUCCAGCUCUUGGCGAUCCAGUAAGCAUUGAUCAGCAACUUCCCGACAUCAACAAUAGAAUAGAAAAACUCCAAACACAGUUGAAAAAAUAUCAGGGCUAUCUAGAGGAAGUUGUGGGAAAAGCAGUUACACCAGAAACUCAACUGAAGAAUGGGGGUACUGUAUCUGACAGUAAUAUUUCCAGAAGUACUUCAAAUUCGAGUGUUAAUCAUACAACAAAAUCUGUCGCUCCUGCAAUUCCACUUCCUAGAGAGCCUGGUUCAAGUGCCAAUGGUAACACGGUCACAGAUUCAGGGGAAGGAGAAUAUGAUAAUGGAGGUGUUACAGAAUAUGAAGCCGAACCAUUACCUGCAUUAGGUACUGCACGGGCUCUGUAUCCAUUUGAUGCACAAAGUGAAGGAUCUAUACCAAUGGAAGAAAAAGAAGAAUUUGAAGUUGUUGAAUUAGAUCAAGGUGAUGGCUGGACAAGAGUGAGGAGAUCAAACAUGGAGGAAGGUUUUGUUCCAACAUCAUAUAUUGAAUGCUUUUUAUACAACAAUUGCUAAGGAGUUGUUGGUCAGAAGGGAUUUGACAAGCUCUCUCUGAGUUGCUUCAUAAGCCAAAACAGGAUGCUUCGUCAGCUGUGCUUUUUAGCCAUAUAUACGGAGGAAAAAAUAGAAGUCAUUCCAAGGACAUAAGUUUUUAAGGGAAGUAAAAGGCAUUAUUACGCAUAUAAAAAUAUUGUAUUAUUGGUGCUUUUAUCUAUUUUAUUUAUUAUUGUUAAAAUCUUAACGAAUUUAGAAUGUUUUGUAUUUUAUAAAAGCUGCCACAGUGUGUUUAUCAAGUAACUUUGAUAUUUAAAAACAAAGUUCUCAGAGAUCAGUGUAAAUUUGCAUUUGUUUUAUUUUUUAACUUUUUUUCAUUAUGUACCAUCACAUGCAUUUUUAUUUAAAUAUAGUACUCACUUUACUUGAAAAUUGUGAAAUUUCUGUUGUUUUUAACUUUUUAUGUUAAAAAUUACACAUUUUUAAAUAAGUUCAGCAGUUGCAAUUAUAGAUUUAAAAUCAAAUCAACUUUAAAAAAAAUAUUUACUAUGCAAAAUAUCAAAUUGCAUAUCUUUAUUUUCCUUUAAAUGUUCUUCUCAAAAUUAUAAUAGAAACACUGUUAUUGUUGCAGAAAUAUUAUUUUCUUUCUUUUUUUUUUUAAGCAUUGGUGCUUGGAAUAAGACUUACUUGAAAUUGUUUUAUUGUACAUAUUCGCAUUUAUUGUCUAUUGGAGUGCUUCUCCAAAAAAAGGAACAAAUUUAAAAUCGCUGAAUUUUUAUGAGAGGUUUUUGUUGUGAUUAAAAAUUAGCUGAAUUUCAUUAGGAAUUCACUUUUAUGAAAAUCAGUGAUUCUUUACAUAUAGGAACUUAGAUCUGAAGUUAGAUUAUCAAAUUCCUAUUCAUUAUUGUAGUUUUAUAAACAGCUAUUGUGCACUUGAAAAUCAAUAUUUUUUAUCCUUUAUAAUUUCAAACUUUAUUGUAGAAGCAUUUGCAUUAUACUAUGUAUUAUUCUUUGCUAAAAACGGGUGGCUAAAAUGAGAUAACCAGAUGUUAAAAAGAAAAUAAUUUGUUACUUUACUGAAUUAAAAUGAUUUUAAAAAUUUAGUAUUAGUAAUGUUUGGCAUUCUAAUUUAAGAAGUUUAAAAAUCAUUUAUUCAGUGAUGUUACAUAAAUAUAUGGUUUUAAAUGAAAUACUUUUAGCUUGAAAAUAUUUCUUACUCAGAUUAUUGAUAAUAAUGAGUAAGUUUACUGUUUGUAUACACCUAUUUGUCAUAUAGGUUUGUUGCCUUGUUAUUAAUAACAAAAUUUAUGGAAAUCUCCCUUGUAUAAUUACUUUUGAAAUUUUAAGAUCUUUCUAGUCCCUGAUUUGAUGCUUUAUAUUUUUGUCUAAAACUGGUAACAGAGCAAAUCACUGAUAAGCUAUAAACUGUGAUUUCUGCUUGAUAGUAUAACAAUUGACAAAGUUUUCUAUUGAAAUAAUCAACUGUAUAUUUGAUUGAAUGAAUAUUAAUUAAUUAUUCCUUUUUAUGUUUUUUUUUUUUUGUAUUUAAUAGCCCUUAACAAAUUAUGUACUUUGAGUUUUAUAUUUAUCUUGCAAUGAAAGAAAAAUUCACUUAAUCUAAAAUUAUGCGUUUAGUGUAUUAAUUUCAUACCAUUUUAUAAGAACAUGAUGCAGUAAUCAAUGCCAAAAGAAUCUGCAUCUCAAAUCUCACUUAUUUAUAAAUAUUAAAUAAAAGAAUGUGGGACUCAUUAGUUUGGUUCAGUGUUUCUCAAUUUUUGAAAUAAGUAUAUGAUUUAGAUAUGUAUGAGCUGAAAUAUAAUUUAAUUUAUAUAAUGUAAAGAAAUUUUAAACAUUAUGUUAAAUUACUUUCUUUAUUCACAUCUUUUUUUUUAACUAUAUUUUAUGCUUUAUUUGGUUUAUUUUAAAAUGUAUGUAAGGGUUGUAACAAUGAAAGCUAGAAGAUGAGAUAUUAAAUACUACAGUUUGAGAAUCACUGGCUGAAUUAAUACAUAAUGUUUAACACAUUCACUGCCAUAAUUCAUACCUGUGAUUUUAACCAGUUAUCUAACAAGAUAUUUUUUCUUUGCUAUCUUGUGAAGUGAAUCGCAUCACAGCUGUCAACGUGUUAAAGAAUUAAAGUUACCCUUUCUCUCUGAUAGUAAAUUUUGUGUUAACAUUAUGUUUUGAUAUUAAUUGGGUUGUAAUGUUUUUUAAGCAUUCAUUUUUAUAAAAUUAAAAGUUUUAAUUUAUACUUUCUUAAUUCAUAAGCAAGUAGAUUCACUCUGAAAUAAUCGUAAUUGCUGUGUGUUGUAUUGUGACUUAUGGCACUUUACAAACCCACUGAUAGUUAUCUGUCAAUUUAAACUUAUAAAUGUUUAAAAUAAUUUUUGAUCUAUUUUAAAAUGAUUGUGUGCUCAGUUAAAUCAAAUUGUGUAAGAAUAUUAAUCCAUGGCAGUAUUUAAAUUUAGUACAAAAACUAUAUAUAGAAUUGUUAUUAUUGAAAACUGCAUCCUAGUUUUUCUUUUAGAAAUAUUUAAAUGUUAUCUUUCUUGUAUUUUAUUAUAAAAUGCAUAUCUUGUUAUUCAGGCUGUUUUAAAAAAGAAAACUUCUGGUGAAUAUGUUGAAUAAUCGUGAAACUAACAACUCUUUUGAACAAAAUAAUAAUUUGUUCUUUGAAUUUGCAUUUUAAAUAAAGGCAGCUUUACAUGUACAUUUUGCCUUAUCAUAAAUAAGCUGAGGCGAACGUCUGCAUUCUACUGACACUUGAAAUGAAAGUAAUUAAGAAAGUGAACUCUUAUUCUUCACUGAAUAGAGAGGAUGAAUAAUAUCUACAUAUGCAAUUUAAAAUACAUUCUGUAUGUGAUAGAAUGGUCUUAUGUGUCAAAUAAUGUGUGAUUUGAUAUAAUGCUAGUCCCUAUUUUUAUAUGUUGAGGUGUAAAGAGUGGUGCACAAAAUGAAUUAUUAAUUUAAUUUUUGAUUUUAUUUUUAGAAAUUCUCUGAGAUUCAGAGAAAUAAACUAUCCUUGUAAAGACUUAACACCUUCUCUAUAUACCAUGUAGUUUGUUCCAUGUAUAUAUGUUUAUGUUCUGAAAUACAUUUACCUCUAUAAUAUAAAGAUAUGUGUGGUGUCUUGAAUGAAAUACUUACUGCUAAAAAUUAUUUUGGUGACUUAUUUGUUUUUGUAUGUGAGAGAUUGCAAAUUAUGUGGAGAUGGUGACUUAGUUAUGAAGUACUAUCUGUCUGUAUAAUAUAGCAUCUGUGACUAAUUUAUUAUUUUUUGUUUGUUUUGGAUGAUUUUGUAUUUAUUAUCUGCAAGUCUAUUUGUUGUUUAGCUGUUGUAAAUUAUUGUACAUUUGAAGACACACUUCACAUAUUUCACUUUAUAUCACUCAUUCAUAAUAUAAAAUCAGCAUACGUCAUUAAAAUUUAGGUAGUGUAUCAGUAAAAAUUAAUCUUUAAUUUAGAUUGUUAACAAAUAAAUAGACUUAAUAUAAUUGAUUACUAAUAGUUUCUUAAAAGCUAAAAGUUAGAUUUUAUUCCAAGGGAUGAGUCCUUAUUUAAUAACUAUUUUAUAUCUUAAUUUGUUUUUCAUUGGUGUAAACAUGAAUAAAUUUUUUUAUGAUAGAGCAUUUUAAAUAUAAUAAAUUAAUUAUUUCCGAAUUGAAGAAUUAUUACUAUUUUUAAGCUACAUAAUUAUUUUUAAAAAUCAAAUCUUACUUAAACUAAUUCUUCCAAUUAAUGUUUAUGUUAAAAGGAAUUUUAUAUAUUUUUAUGAACUUAUUAAGUACCAAACAUUAGUUUAUUCAAUUUUAUAAAAUAACUGUGACUUGAGUGAUGAUAAAUCUUAAAAUGUAUAUAUAGAUAUAAUUUGUAUUAUUUAUCACUUAUAUUGAGGUUUUGAAAGGCUGGAAUGUUUCUGUAAACUUAGCAAAAGUGAAAUUGUAAAUUUUAUAUCUCAUACUUUGGUGUAUAUUCAAAACAUUACAACAGGACUUAGUUCAAAUAUUCUUCUCUUUACUAUAAAAAUGUUAUUUUUAUCUUUAUUAAAUGCCACGUUUUUAAAUUUAUCAUAUCUAUUUUUUAAUGUCUAAAAUUUAUUGUUUGUUAAAAAUAUUGUGUAAUUAAGAAAAGCUUUCCACAAAUAACAAUAUUUCAUAGAUCAAUAUGUGCUAAUUUUUGCAUUGUUUAAAUUAUCAAACAUAAAAUUAAGGAAUUAUUUUUUGAAUCAUAUGCUGUAAAAUAAGGGACUUUGUGACAAUUUUUGUUAAAUUUUGUUUUUAUGGGAUACUACAUAAUGCCAGAACAGGGGACUGAAAGUCACUUCUCAUUAAGAUAUAGUUUUGUGAACCUAACUCUCAAUAAAAUAAUGGCAUAUAUUUUUAAAAAAUCUGAGGACUCAUAACCAAUAAUUUUUUUGUCUUUCUCUUCAUUUUUACUCAUAAUUCAUUAAUGCCAUUCAGAAUUAUAUAUAUAUAUUCAUUCUGUUAUAAAUUUUUAUCAAACUUGGGUCAAUUUUUUUUAAUAAUUUAGCUUUCUUUGGAAUGAAUGAGACAUCUCUUUUUACUGUUUUUUGAGAGGAAAACACUCCUUUCAACAAUAACAAAAAUAUGUUUAACUAUGUCUACUAGUCCUAUCAACAUGUUGUUUCUUUUACUCAUCAACAUGUUGUUUCUUUUACUCAUCAACAUGUUGUUUCUUUUACUCAUCAACAUGUUGUUUCUUUUACUCAUCACAAUGGAUCAUAUAUUUGUAUAUUCUUAGAUUCCUCAAGGCUGAUUAAAACUUGUAUACUUACUUUUUUUAAAGCAUUAACUUUAAACUUUACAUUAAACUUUAACAUUAAUCUUUAAAAAAUUGAUUAUUUUAAUAGUUUGCCGUCCGUUGAUUAUUUUAAUAGUUAAUGUAUAAGUCCGCAUAUUUGAAAAUUGCUAGAAUAUACUAAAAUGAAGUAAUGCUGCUAGCUAAAUAUAAUCAAUAAUAUGUGCAAAGUGGUUUAUAAACGACAUUAUCUCAGAUUCAUUUCCAUAACAAUCAUCAUAGCUGUAGAUGCAAAAAUUUUAUUUGCCGCAAAAUAAUUUCCUAAGUCACACAGUCGCCUUAUGUUGCAGUUAGAGAAAGGAACAACCCUUUGUUUUUAAAAUUUAGGUUACAAAGAUAUUUUAUUUAAUAAUUAAAUGGGGUGCAAUUAUUUUUAAUAAUUCGAUAGUUUUUUUUUUCUUUGUUAAUAAAAGUUGAAUGUCAUUUUUUUUAAAUGAGAAAAAAUAUUAAAGAAUAAACAUUUUACAUGUUGAUUCUGUAAUUUUUUAUUCCUUAUAUUUGAUAAAAUUUUUCUCUAGGAAUCUUUUUAGAUUAUUUGUUUUUUACUGUCUGCUGAUUUUUCUCCCUUUAAAUUAAUUUCUUUAUUCCACAUUUAAUUUAAAUAAAUGUGAAAUAAAAAAUUUUAACAUCAAUAUAACACUUAAAAUUUGUGAUGCAAUUAUUUUCCACUUCUCAAAAAUUUGAAAAAUGCAUACAUAUUUGUAAUACAAAAUAUUUAAUCUUUCAUUUUACUAAGACUUUUCUUAUGCAUUUAUUACAUUAAAAAUACAUUUAUGUUAUUAGAAUAGAUGAAUUUUCCAUCUGUCAUAAAUGAUCCAUAUUAUUGAGCAUUUUCACCACAAAACAGUUGGCAUUGCAUUAUCAGUUUUUAUUUAAUGUCAUUAUUAUACUGGAUUUUUUUAUAUAUAAAUGGUAUUUUUUUAAAUGUUACCUUAAUUUGUGCAUUUUUAAUUUUUAUAUUCAUAUUUUAAGGCUCAAUAAAAUAUUCUCCUUUUUUUUUUUUUUUUUUUCUAUCAUUUACAUUUUAGAAAAUGCAAAUAUUUUUUGUAUUGAAACUAAGGAAUAUUAUCUGUUUAAAAAAAUUCAGUAUUUUUACAUCUCUUUAUUAUUUUAGCACUAUAUUUUGUUUUUAAAUGUCAUUUGAAUUGUCCUGUUUGAAAAUUGCAAUUCUCCGCAGGUUGUGCCAUUACAUUAUUGUUUUUGUAUUCUGUUUAAUUAAAAACAGUAAAAAUUGCAUUUAAGCCAUUUAUAUCAGUGUAAAGAAUUUCAUUGCUAAGCCUUGUGAGCAUGUUGCUUUGUUUCAUAAAACAAUAAAAAGUCCUAAUAAAA